UUUCAUCCAGUCUGCAGUUUAUGAGCUCCGUUUGAAGUGUUUUCCCUAAAAUGGAGAGGACGUUGAUCAGAUGCUAGCAGGAAUUUUUUUUUUCUUCCACAUACUCUACUCCUCACUGCCCACUUUCUGGCUAAGUCAACCGGAGAGGAACUUUGAGACAACUUUCUAGCUUUGAUAACGUGAUACACCUAAUAAGAUGUAAUAUGGAUUCAUCAAUAUCUUCUGUCCAUAUCAAAAUGUAUUGUAUUUUGAAUGGGUUGUAUCUGAAGAAGGCAAGAGAAGAUGUUAUGAAUUAAGGAGCCUAAAGAAGCGUGGAGGCACAGCUAUGUCCGUGAUGUUUGGGAAAGUGAAGGUUUGUAACUUAACAGCCGUGCCGGAGAGAUGUGCAAAUGAAUGUAACGUAGUGCUGCUGGGAGCAACGGGGUCAGGAAAAUCAGCACUGAUUGUAAAGUUCCUCACAAAGCGCUUCAUCAGUGAGUAUGACCCCCGCUUAGAGGAUAUUUAUGCAUCGGAGGAGAUUGUGGACCAGCAGCCCGUGGUGGUGCGAGUGAUGGACACCUAUGAUCAGGACGGUCCAGUGAACACUGAGAGGUACCUGACCUGGGCCAGUGCUUUCAUAGUGGUCUACAGUAUUGACAACCAGGACAGCUUCAAGGUCUGUCACAAGUACCUGGACACGCUGUCUGUACACAAUAAAACAUUCAAGAGCCACAUACCUAUAGUCCUGCUGGGGAACAAGCUGGACAUGGAGCGCUACAGGCAGGUGAGUAAAUCUGAUGGAGAGGAGCUUGCGUCGCGGUUUGGCUGCCUGUUCCAUGAGAUCUCGGCCUGUAUGGACUUCCAGGACGUCCAGCAGAUCUUCCAUGAUGUAGUGAGGAGAACCAGACGAGAGGGGGAGUGUGGACGUGUGGUUUACAUCAGUGAAGACAAGAGCCUUCUGACACUGCCCUCCCCUCCCGCCUUCACGACCCCCUGUAUCAAAGAGCUCCCUGCCCCGGCCACUGCCAAGCUGGUCACGGUGAAGACUUCCAGAGCCCAGAGCAAACGCAGGGCUGCCACGCUCACACUGCUCAAAGGCUUCAAAAUCUUCUGACCUCCUUAUGACCUUUCAACUACUGACAAUGAGGUCACCAAGCACUGUUAGACUAAAUCCUAGAAGAUAUUUAUCUGUAUAGUUACUACAAGGGGAAGGAAGUGACAAUUGAGCAAGAAGACUCAAGCUAAUGUGAUCAGUAGUACUAUUGAAAUGAAAGCACAGAUUUAUAUAUAUUUUUUUCUUUAUUGUGAUAUUAGAGACAACACAAACAAUAAAAGACAUUCAACAUUUUGACUUGAGGGAAAAGGGAGUGCAUACAUCCAGGUUUGAAAGGGUGUUGAGACAAUAAUCUGUUCUUCUUAUCUUCUUUUAUAGGAGUGGAAGUGUUUGCGUGUGUCUUUGGCUGUGUGCAUGUGUGUGUAUGGGUAGGUAAGUAAUAAAACAGAAAAAGAAAGAAAUAAGAGGGAAGGGGAGGAAAUUUUAGAAAGAGCAGAAAAAAGAAAUUAUUUAGUGAGUGUGCUUCCAUUUUUUUAACUUUUCAUUUCCUUUUUUUUAUACACACUUCCUUUUCUCCUUCCUUCCCUCUCCUUCUGUUUCCCAUUUGUUUGUUUUUUGUGUUAAUUGUUUUUUGUCAGAUAGAGUCAGUACAGCUAUAGGCAGUGGACCUUGUUCCUCGUCACACCUUGACCCUGAGUGUGGUGCUGAACAGGACGUCUGGAUUGUCAGUGAGGCCACCCUCUGACAGCACAGAUCUAAUGCAUAAUAUUGUGGUCAUUGAUAGUGUUUUGUGUUAAAAAGUUUGUGUUUUAUCAUUCCUCAUUUAGUCAUUUAGUUGUUAUAUGUCUUUUUAGAAGGAAAUUUACAUUAUAAUGAUUUAAAAUUAUAUUGUAUGAAGCCUGAAAAACGCCAAAUUGACAUGGGUAACUUCAGUUCAGUUCUGCGUAACAUUGUAAGUGUGCAAACUCACAAAUAUCAUUAAUUCAUCUUGCUGAAUAAGGUUAUGAAGAAGUUCACACCAAAAUGUAUUACAGUGGUAUUCAGUCUUUUAACUUGGCCAGCCAGAACCACAUUCUUUGACAAAACUUUACAAAGAGUGGGUCUGGAACGAUAGCCUGUCUCCCCAUUUCCAAAGGGUUGAUUGACCAAUCAGGGAGACACAUGCUCCGCUUGUGUCAAAACAAACAUUGCGGGUUGUGAGUAAAAAAAGAAAAAAGAAACAAAAAACACAGCGAAACAGCACAGAUUUCUGCAGAAUCAAAAAUCGAAGCACCAAACUGUUGUUUAUCUCAGGCAAAAGAAAUUAUAGGCUAUAUUUUGUUCUAAAUAAUACAAGAAUUUGAGAAACACAUGAUAAACAUGGCCGUGGUGGGAUUUUUCACACUCUGGUCCGAUUCCAGACCUUUGGAUUGAAACAGAAUGUAAACGGGACUGGCUGGUCAAUCAACCUUUUAACUGGUCUUGGAUAAUACUGUGUUAUUCAUUUUAAACAUUUAUUUGUAUUUAUUUUACAGUAUAGCUGAUGGAUCAAGCCCUACUUUGCAUAUAUAUUGUAAACAAGUUAGAAAGUUUGAACAAGGACAGCGCAAUUCUGGCUGCUGAUGGUUUCACUGAUGACUCCCCAUUGUCUUUUACAGCAGUCGGUUGCCAAUAUAAAAGUAAGAAAAAGAGUCCAUGCCUGAAAUAAAAGUACAAGCUUAAGUCUGCUCUUUCAUCAGCAGAAGAUGGAUUACAAAUUAUGUCAAAAGUGCUGGCAUAAUUGUUCCCAGUAUUUGCUGUGUUCCAACUCUUAUAUUUUUAAUGGCAGGCUCCCGCGGUGAUAUCCGGGCACACUCACCGCUCAUAAAACAAAGCUCAUUUUGAACCCCGGCUCUGUGACAAAUCAAAGAGAAUCAUCAUUUCUACUCAGACUUGUGUGGAAGUCUUAGCGCCCUUAUUAUAAUUAUGUUUCACAGCUAAGCAAGACAGUAAUGGGUUCAGCCCCAAUGACCUGUGCUAAUUAACACACUCUUGUUAUUUAAUUGUAUAAUUCUAUAAAGAAAUCCUGUAACCCUCAAGAGACUCAAGUGCACUUUCUGAACCAAGAGCAUCUGUCAGAAACUCACCAGAUACUGCAAAUAUAUAGUUGCAUUUUACAGUAUUUGAAGAGUUUUAUAUAAAUAGACUUAAAAAAAUAUAUAUAGUUGUAAAAAAACAACAACCAAAAAACAAAAACACAACUUUAGAGUAAUGUUUGUUUAACUUGCUUCCUCCCUCCCCAGAGGUCAAAAUGCUUAGUUCCACCUUGUGAUGUCAUUAGGUGGUUGUUCCUCUGUACAAACUCGAUCAGAUUUCUGUUCUGAUCAUUUUUGCACUCAAAUAUACUGCACUGACAGAUCUAAACUUUGAACUUGUAGCUAUUGUUUUUAACCUUAUUUUGGCAGUUUGUUGCAGCAUGUGGAGCAUCCCAAUAAUCUAUGGCUUUUGUUUUCCGUAGUUUAGUUCAAUACAACACAUUAUAACGUAAAAACAAGCACACACAGACAAAUGUCCACUCAAUCGUUAUAAUUAUGUUUAUUGUAAAUAAAACUGUACACAUUUC